AGGGCCGGGCGCGCCCAGGGCCGGAGCGCAGCGGCCGGAGUGGCCGUGGAGGCGACGCCGAGGCCGCGCGCGCGACGAGCAGGUGGCGGCGGCUGCAGGGAAUAUAAAACUGAAGGUGUGCGUUGCAUCUGUGGCCCACAUCAUGUUCCCACUAGAUGGUGCUCAUCAUGAUUCUCAGGAGCUUCAUGGGGUGGAGGGAGACGACAUGGGACCCCGGGCAGCCCCUCAUCUCCGAAACCUACAGCUCCAGAGCGAGUGAGGACGGCUCUUCUCAGUGAAGGACCUUGCACUCGCUACUGAGUAGCGACCAUGGGCCUGCUCGCCUACCUGAAGACCCAGUUCAUGGUGCACCUCCUCAUCGGGUUCGUCUUCGUGGUGAGUGGGCUGGUCAUCAACUUCGUCCAGCUCUGCACGCUAGUCCUCUGGCCGGUGAACAAGCAGCUUUACCGCCGGCUCAACUGCCGCCUCGCCUACUCACUGUGGAGCCAGUUGGUCAUGCUGCUGGAGUGGUGGUCCUGUACGGAGUGCACGCUGUUCACUGACCAGGCUACGGUGGACCGUUUCGGCAAGGAGCACGUGGUCAUCAUCCUCAACCACAACUUUGAAAUUGAUUUCCUCUGUGGGUGGACCAUGUGUGAGCGGUUUGGUGUGCUGGGGAGUUCCAAAGUCCUCGCAAAGCGGGAGCUGCUUUAUGUGCCCCUCAUCGGCUGGACGUGGUACUUCCUGGAGAUCGUGUUCUGCAAGCGGAAGUGGGAGGAGGACCGGAACACCGUCAUCGAGGGGCUGGAGCGCUUGUCCGACUACCCCGAGUACAUGUGGUUCCUCCUGUACUGUGAGGGCACGCGCUUCACAGAGAAGAAGCACCGCGUCAGCAUGGAGGUGGCCAUCUCCAAGGGGCUGCCCGUCCUCAAGUACCACCUGCUGCCCCGUACCAAGGGCUUCACCACGGCGGUCCAGUGCCUCCGAGGGACGGUCACAGCCGUCUAUGACGUCACGCUGAAUUUCCGUGGAAACAAGAACCCGUCUUUGCUGGGAAUCCUCUAUGGGAAGAAGUACGAGGCAGACAUGUGUGUGAGGAGAUUUCCUCUGGAAGACAUCCCACUGGAUGAGAAGGAAGCGGCUCAGUGGCUUCAUAAACUUUACCAGGAGAAGGACGCCUUGCAGGAGAUGUACAACCAGAAGGGCGUGUUUCCGGGGCAGCAGUUCAAACCCCGCCGACGGCCGUGGACGCUCCUGAACUUCGUCUGCUGGGCCACGGUCCUCCUGUCUCCUCUUUUCAGUUGCGUCUUGGGUGUCUUUGCAAGUGGCUCGCCUCUCCUGAUCCUGACGUUCCUGGGGUUCGUCGGGGCAGCUUCCUUUGGAGUCCGCCGACUAAUAGGAGUAACUGAAAUAGAAAAAGGCUCUAGCUAUGGAAACCAAGAAUUUAAGAAAAAGGAAUAAUUACUGGCUGUGAUUGCACAUACAUAACCUGACGGUGGUAUCCAAUUAACUCAUUAAAAACAGAACAACACACAGAGAUCGGAACAAAAGACCCUUAGAAACUAUUUUUCGUACUAACUGGUGACUAAUAUUGACCAGUAAACCUUGAGCCAAGAGUGAAGCCGUCGGAGGCCCACAGACGAAGACUCCGGCUGCACCCCUGCACGGGGGGGUGAGAGUCCACCACGGAGCUGGGCGCGGGGGGCACGUGUGUGCGGGGGCGGGGGGUGGCCACUCCUGGGAUCACGGGUCCCGCCCCGAUGUCAUCUUGAGAGAACUCUGCCUGCCCGAGGGAGCCUGUGAUGCUUUCUCUUCUUAAACUUAGAUCCCAUUUUUGUUUUUAUCGGUUAUUUUGGGAACUCACCCUGGCCCUUCGCCUCCUCCCCUCCCCCCAGCAAACCUUCCCCUGCUCUCCUGGGAUGGAGGACUUGCAGGUCCCAGGCCCCCAAAGUGCCCACCUGUCCUGCCCAGCACCGCCCCUUCGCUCCUGCCGGUGGGGUGGGCGCACAGGGUGUCCUUGGGGGGACAAGCACACGCCGAGUGUCGGAUGGAUGGGUAGCCCCGUUUCACUGUCAGACCACGGCUUGCCCGUUUCCCCCCUAACCCCAUGUGUAAGUACCUUACAUCUGUUUUUAUAGUGAAGGGGCCCCUUCACCCGGUACCUGAAGCCCCCUGUCCCUCUUUCUCCCUGCGGCCUCCACGGGGCUGCACCCCUGCCCCCGGUGCCAGGAGAGGGCUGCCGUGCAGCCCACAGGAGUCUUGGAUGCUCGUUUAAAAGUAUGUCACCAUCAAACCUUGCUUCUGGAGGUGGUUGGAGACUGUUCACUUGGAGGUCGUUGGCUUCUAGAGGUUUCAUUUUUACAGUUGGUCUAUUGAUGGCUUCCGCUCCCUGAUGCAAAGUAGAGGUGGUGAGCCUCCCCCGACUCCGCCAGCCUCCCUUUCCCAAGCAGGUGCCGGGGCCCCGGGGGUGGCCUGCCCCUGUGUGACAGGCGUCACCCCAGGGGCAUGGGGGCACUGCUCCCCCCUGCUCCCCCCACCAUGGGGUGUCUCCCGGUGACCUGACUUGGGCCCACGGCCCAGGGGAGCUGCGUGUUCCGCAGAUGGAGGCGUGGGGCUGGGGUUGCUGGGCUGGUGGAGGGAGGGGCAUGGGGGGCUCCCCAGCAGCCAGCUCCUGGGCCUCAGCUCAAGCAUCCCGCUGCACGCCCUGCCUGCAUUGUACUUCCUUCCUAAACCUCAGGCGUGUUGUUUGCAAGUCACACUCCCCUCGCCCUGUUUAGCCAGGGAAGGAAAACUAGCAGGUGUUAGCUCUGGUACCCUGUAAUCAGCAUUCCGAAGAGAGGCAGCCUGAAUUUUCUAGGAGAGGAGGUGGAGCCAAGAGGGAUGGGAACAGUAGAAACUAAACUGGACAAAUAACUAUGCAUCAGCCCUUGGUCUGUGUUCUGGGAGGAUUUCUCGAGACCGCACACGCUCUUUAGGAGGACACUGCUGGAUUCUGUGUGGUCGCCGUGGGGCAGGGCGUGACGGAGCACAGCCCCGCGAGGCUGCAGGGCUGAGGCAGGACCGCCCCCCCUCCCUCGCAGCUCAGACCCCGCGCUGCAGGGAGGCGCUGCCUUAGGUUCUUUCCCUUCACCUGGCGAGCUGCUUCCCUGUCCCCGUCUCUGUGUCACUAACUCACUAGCACCUGGGAUGUUGUGGCGCAGCCGCGGGGCACCACCGCGCAGACGCCUCACCUACUAACUAAACAAGACACAGUUUAGAUCUUCCACCUGCUAACUCCUAGCUCUCGUUGCCCGGAGCCUGGGGACCCCUGUGCGCCAGGGGAGUCCGCCCGGAGUUGCUGAGCGAGCCGCGCGGACUCCCGUUCGCACGGAGACCCAGGCCAGCGCAGGUUUUUAAAUCUCAGUGAUUCCCUUCCGAUCUAACAGAUGAGCUUGUGCACUUGAUGCCAAGACCUUGAGAGCAAUAAAAUCUACACCAUGAAUGUUUGGGGGUUUUUGUUUGUUUUUGGAGGGGGAUGGAGUUGCUUUUCAUCCACUUCAGAAGGAAAAGGAAGAGGGGAACUCCUUUAAUUUUGGAAAAUGAAUCAGAAUAGUGCUUUUCUCUUUAUACCCUACAACUGAGCUUCCUCUGUUGCUGACGUCAUGUCCAAGUUAAGGCCGAAUGCUUGGACUGUGCGGGCUGGCCGCGGUUGGGGUGCACUCAGGCCCUGGGCCCUGGGCGUCCCCCGCGGGCACCCCACAGGCUGAGCUCGGAGCCUGGGGGCCGCUGGUGGCUCCUCCCUCGGCUCAGACCCACGCCCGGCUCUCGGGCACCUUCCACGCACGCGCCUCGGCCCUGCCCAGCGAGUGCAGUUCGGGUCGUGGUCACUACGCAUGUGUCCAGCUGCGGAGAGGACCCCAGCUUGUUUACCCCCGCUCUGGGGAGUUCCAGGGGCUUCUAAGGUGCCCGUGGCAGCUACCGGCACCUGGGGACCCUGAUAGCAGUGUAAGUGACCAUCCCCGCUGCAUGGGGGCCAGGAGGCGCUGGGGAAGGGCCUAGCUAGUCAGAAAGAAAGCGUGUCCUCGUUUGCGAUUAAUCCAAAGGAAGAAGUGGCCCUGGCCAUCCAGGGCUUGGUGGCAGCAUGGCCCUCCCUGAGGCGUCCCUGUCCCCAAGAGGCACAGAGUCUAGUCGAAGAGAUGAGUUCUGAAUAUACAAACCACUAAAUAGCAACAUAAAACAACCAUGUAAGCAACACUUGGUCGUCGACAACGCGGGUACGGUCGCUGGUCCAUCUUGAAUCUCCACCUGUCUGUCCCUCUGCCCCCCCUCUGUGCCCCAAGGCAUAAGAACCUUUUCUUCCACUCGUUUAGUUACUGAGCAUCACAGCUGAGCUGAGCAGAGUGGAAUGUGCAGUUCGAGAGCAGUCUCCAGGCUGUCCUUGCCCACGCGGCCACUGCUGGGGUCAGACUUGGGGUGAAGGAUAAGUCCCUCUCUGCAUGUUGCUUUGUCUCUGCUGAGACGCUUACAGGACAAGCCGCACAGUCUUUCCAGCCCGCUGAUUUUCGGCCGAACUGUUCAGCCUUGUGCAUAAGCUGACGCUUCCAAGUUCUCACCGAUACCUGCAUGCUCUCCCUAGCACGUGGCGCUCCGAGUCCCAUGGUGUCAUGUGGCUUCUAACCCUUCCGCAGUGUAACCAGGCUUAAGGUGACAACGGUGGGCCUGGCGUGCCCACCCGCUUCCUCUCUGGACACAGUACGUCCGCGGCCCAGGUGCCUGCCCCUUUCUCUAGCGAGUGAGCUCCUGCAGGAGAGCGAGAGCCUCGGUGAGCGCCUGGGCCGUGGGGCAGCCGGGGCGCACCGGACGUUCGGGGUCCGCAUCCUCGUCUGUCAGGGCCGGGACACCCCGGCACAGGGACGGGCCGGGGGCAGAAGAUGUCACACCGUGUUCUGCUUGGCUGAGGGGUGGACACAUGUGAACUCAGUUUUACCACGAGCAUUUGCCGUGGUCCAAUUCCAUGAAAUUGGUGGCAUUCCCAUAAGCUGCUCGGGUACGUAAAGGACAAGACCACUUUUAGGGGACCCAGGAGUUGGCCAGAGGAGCGGGCACCAGUCAGCCCUGUCAGCAGCUGGAUAUUCUUUUCAAAGACAAUUGAAUUGCUUAACAUUUUUAUGCUCUGUAAUGACACGUCCACCUGGAGUUUUCUUUUCUCAUAAACUUUUCCGUUUCUUAACUUUCUGUUGCAAAAGUGAUGGGACAGACGUCGAACUGUGAAUGAGGCCCUGAAAUGCACUAAGCCGUGUUAAAUUAAACCUGAGCUACUUGAUGCCAUGAAGAAAUGCAUCUGAUCUGCUUGUAUUUAUUGUCUCAGACCUGUAAGAUUUGUACGUUGUGACAAUCAAAUGUGACUCGCCUAAAUGCCGGGAAAUUCCACUGGCUUCUUAACCAUAAAGACCGCCCACAAGUACUGUAACUGUAAAUGAGCAUCUCUCUCUCUCUGGAAAACCACGCAAACCCCCGACUCGGUGCGUGCGACAGACGUCGGGGUUCUUUUCUAUUACUGAUGAUUGGUCCUAUCUGACUGUUGGCCAGUUUCAAAGUGACGAAUUCUAUACAGGGUGCAAAUGUAUUAUAUGGAUGUUUCCUUUUGUACACUUCAUUUUUACAAGUUUUGCUACUCACGAGCUUUAUGUAGUCGAGGAUAGCGGUAUUUUUGGCCAAUGGGAGCCUGUGGGGGUGGGGUGGGGAUGGGCAAGCUACCUGAGAUUUUACCAGCCUGCGUCCCAAACAACCGGCCGCGUUUGCCACGCUCUGUGGACCUCACUGUACGUGGGCGCGUGUGAGCCUGCCCGAGUGGUGGUACUUUCUAGAUAAAAUGCUGCAGGCGCCACGUGUGCCUCUCAACAUUGCUGCUGUCCCAGAGAGGGAGGAGACAUCCAUAAACGUUGUCUCCGGUGUGCGCGGGUCCCCCUGGGGAGGCGGCGGACGCCCGGGCCACCCACCCGCACUGACCGCCCCCGCGGGGGGCCGCUCUAGCUGGGGCCGUCCUGCUGGGUGCGCUUCCCACGCUUCUCCAUUUCAUGUAAGAUGCUUUAGGAAAAGGGGAAAUCGGAAAGGAGAGUGACCAUCUGGCGAGGGCAAAGGAGAGAAUCAGCUGGGGCACCAAGUGCUCAGUGACCCUCUGCCUAAACAUGGGUCUUAAAAGCCAUCAAGGACAAAAAGGUUUUCCAAAGUAGGCAUGUAUAUAUCAAAAACUAUUUUUUUGUAACAACAAAUUCAUUCUGUGGAGAAAAUCGAGGAACAAUUUUUCUUUAUAAAGAAAAGAACUCUUGUUAGAACCAAGAGCUAUUCCAGGUUCUCAUUUGUCUGUCUUGUGAAAAUAAAUCGAGCUGAAA